CACACAUUUGCUUGUCCACCUCUGGUUACUUUCAGAAUACGACACCAUUUCGUUGUGAAUUAUUUAAAUUACGUUAAAGGAGAAGCGGCAGAGUUCGGCCUGAGAGAGAGUUUACCUGUCCGAUUCAUGUGACGUAACACAAGGGGCGUGGCGUGUGCAACCUGCUGCGAGCUUUGAUCUUUGCGGGACUUUAAAUCACAGACUCGCGGACGCAGCUUUCGCCGCGUUUGCUCGUGAGUUUGAAAUGUUUGAAAACAGAAAUGCCCGCGUGCCUGUAACUUCGAGUGGAUUUCAACUUAUGUGAGUCCAAUGUUUCAGAUAAAGAUGAUGCUAAACUUUCUUCCAGUACGGAAAUUCAAGCGCAAUGUGGUAUACAUUGUGUUUGGCGCGGUGCUACUGAUGUUGGGAUUUCUGGCUGCUUAUCUGGAGGUCGUGGCCAACAGUGAAGUUUGGAGCAGUAAUGAUGAGAUUCUCCAUACUGAAGGUGUCAUCUGGGCAAAAUCUGCUGUUCAGAGUGCUGGAGAUGAUCACGUCUCAAAUCAAGAUGAAGAAUCCUGGUCUUCAAAAAACAUCCCACAGAAGUGGAGGCCAGAGUAUAAAGGAUUGGCUAAUCUUCAUGUGUUUGAGGAUUGGUGUGGCUCAUCUGUAGCUCAACUGAGAAAGAAUCUACAUUAUCCAUUGUAUCCUCACUCUCGUAUCACUGUUGAAAAACUAGCUGUGUCGCCCAGUUGGACCAAUUAUGGCCUCAGGAUAUUUGGCUACAUACAUCCUUAUACUGAUGGUGACUUCCUGUUCGCACUGUCAUCCGAUGAUAACAGUGAAUUCUGGCUUAGUGAUAAUGAAAAUCCAACCAGCCUGAAACUUCGUGCUUAUGUUGGAAAGACAGGCAGAGAAUGGACCGCCCCAGGAGAAUUUGAGAAAUACGCCAGUCAGAUAUCAGACUUUAUUCCUUUGCAGAUGAACAAGAAAUAUUUCUUUGAGAUCAUCUAUAAACAGAACGAUCAAGGCACCGAUCAUGUUGAGGUCGCAUGGCAACUCAAACAGGCUGGAAAUGGAUUUUCAAUCAUCGAUUCCAAGUACAUCUCCCUCUACACCAAUGAGUCGUCUUUGAAAGCAGCAGAUGUCAGUCACAUUCCUCAGACGGCUGCAAGUCAUGUAGCCCCGUCCCCAAGUUCCUCUCAGUCUCCGCCCCAUGGAGCAGACAUGUUGAGGACAGAUCCGCGCGACUUGUUUCACAAGGUUCCAUUACUGGACAGGACGCGUUUGCAUGGAGUUUUACCUGACUGUUUAUAUUACCCCAGCUACAUUAUAAAGGGAUAUCCUUUGACACGAUAUCAAGGCCUACAGUUUGUUCGUCUUUCUUACGUCUAUCCCAAUGAUUACACACGUCUCACACACAUGGAGAGUGACAACAAAUGUUUUUACCGCAGUAAUCCUUAUUACAUGGAGAGAUAUGGUUUCUCAAACUACCUCCAGCUGGAUCUGCCGGCGCCUGACAGCUUAUUUUUCAAAUACAGAGGAAUUGGCAUGGUAGGGGAAGGAAUGAAGUUUGGCGGAAAUUAUUAUAAAGGUUCACAAAAUGAUGAAGGGGAUGAGAAGAAUCAGAAGAUGAAUGCUAUGGAGAACGAUGGUUAUGUGGCGGAUUAUGAGGAUGAGUAUAACGAUUACUUACUACAGAGAGGACGCCAAUUGUUAAAUGUUCAACAGCAUGGCAGGAGAAAAAGAGAACAGGACAUUAGACCUAAGCAGACCCAGCAAACCAACCCACCAAAGAAAAUUCGGAACCACCCCGAGGGACUGCAGAACCACUCGGACCCCACAGCACAAAAGAAAAUAAGGAAAAAGAAACCAAUAGCACAACAAAUCCUGAAGGACCAAGCUUUAGAAGUGAGGAACCAGGGUGAGGUUCUCAGGGAAAAUAAAAAGGACCCUGCGGUUGUACAGCAGAUUCAGAAGAACAUCUCAGACCUGGAGAAUUUAGGACCAGUUGAAAGAGAAGAUCCAGAUGUGAAAAAGCGAGUAGACAAAGCGACCAUUCUGGAUGGUGAAAUUAAGCCCCGACCUCUUAAAUCCAGACGCACCAAUAGUAGUCGCAAUGAUCCAAACCGUGUUGCCUUCAGGCGCAUUCCCAUGGAGGAUGGACAUAAGGUUGAAGAGAAAAUAGUUGAGGGCGUUGAGUUGGGCAGAACACAUAAUAAGACUGUAAAAGCGGCCAAGUUGGAUGGGACUCUGGCAACUAGUUCGGCCAUAUUUGAUGAGACCCAGAAUAAACAUGCCGUCUUUAUCAAACGAUCAGGUAACAAGACGGCCUUUGUGGGAGAAUAUGUGGACAAGGCACCCAAGAAAACUUUACGCAAGGUUAAAGCGAGAAAAAGGAUCAACAAAGAGGAAUUGCCACCAUUAGAUAGAAAUGGGUUCAGAGCAGAUCCACUGCAACCACAGAACGGCCAAAAAUAUAUAGAAGACCAAGCGAUCCAUGUUUUAAAGGACAAUGCACCUAAAUUAGACCCAGGCAUACCGGGUGACACCGUCAUGCAAGGUGGACCACAGCUUAAAGAUUACAGUUUAGAAAAUAUCAACAAGAAUGAAAAUAUUGUCCAUCUCGCCCAAAAACCACAUCAGAAGUCAUCAUAUAACCUCACUCGUGAGCACAAUCCAGCAGCCGUUGAACGAUAUAACGAACAAUGGGGACGUUUGGAUGACAAAAAUAAAGGAGAAGAAUAUCAGAUAAAGGAUAACUUUAUAGGAGAGGCUGAUGUUGGAAAAGAUGAAGAUGCCUGGAGGAAUGAAGGAUUCUCGGAGGAAGAGGAUAAUGACUUCAUCAAAAAGGUUGCGUUUGAUGUGGAAGUCAACUGGGCUCAGACAUUCCAGGUUAAACCUUUAGAUCUGCACACCAUGCGCUCUGAUUGGAUCGAGCUGAAUUGUAACGUGUCCGGAAACCUGCUGCUCAGCGAAUCGGAGGCUUUGACUGUGGUGGAAGCUUUCAUGAAGAAACUAAACAGGAAAUAUCCAAGGCGUUUUUCUCUAGAUCGUAUAGUAAACAUUGAGAAGAAGGCCGAUAAUCCUCGGGGCAAUAGAUAUCUACUGGAACUGGACCUGUUGGAGACUUCUGGGCGCCACCUGCGCCUGGUUCAAUACGUCUAUGUGUCAGGAUCCGAUUACUGGAGUAGUAAGGAAAGUGCUGAAGAACCGGUCCUGUGCAAUCCAAGUGGCUUUUACUGGAACCCAACCGCUACCGUUCACUUCAUUGUUCCAGUGAAGAAUCAGGCCCGUUGGGUACAGCAGUUUAUAUCAGAUAUGGAGGAACUUUACAGUAACACUGGAGAUCAAAACUUUAACAUCAUCAUCACUGACUAUGAAAGCACUGAUAUGGACAUCGAACAAACACUACAAAACUCUAACCUACCCAGAUAUCAGUACCUCAGAUUGAGUGGAAACUUUGAAAGAUCGGCAGGGCUUCAGGCUGGAAUAGACCUUAUAGAUGAUGAUCACAGCAUUGUGUUUCUCUGCGAUCUGCAUAUACAUUUUCCACCUGGCUUCAUUGACACUCUGAGGAAACACUGCGUUGAAGGUCACAUGGCCUUCGCUCCCAUAGUCCAGAGACUCAACUGUGGCGCUUCACCUCGGGAACCCGAUGGUUACUGGGAGGUCAAUGGUUUUGGGCUUCUGGGCAUCUAUAAGUCAGACCUGGACUCUAUUGGGGGCAUGAACACCCAAGAAUUUACUGACCGCUGGGGUGGAGAAGAUUGGGAACUACUGGACAGGAUCCUGCAGGGUGGGUUGGAAGUGGAACGACUCUACCUGAGGAACUUCUUCCAUCACUUUCACUCCAAACGUGGAAUGUGGAAUCGUCGGAUGCUGCGGAAUACGUAACCGGGUAAACCGUUUCGCCGCUGCGUAGCAACGGUUGCCAUGGCACUUUAAACUGUAGAACUGACAGGUGACACUAUACCUCGGGGCAUUAUAGAUGUGUGGAUGGCCAACGGCAUCCAUCUAUCAGUCACUGGUGAUCCAUUGUGAUUUUAAGUGAUGUCUGUGAAAUGCAAAAGUUGCAGUAACACUAGGUACUGUUAUAACCUGAACCCAGAUCAGUGUGUUUUCAAUGACAACAGCUCCCUCUGGUGUUCAGUUCCUAAGCCAUUAAGAAAAUAAGAAGGACAUGAGGAUAAAUGCUGGUGGAUUGGUCAAAGAUGUCUGGAAUAUUGAUCAUUUGCCUUAAUGUUUGUUUGGCUAAUUCUGUUCUGAAAGACAGAAUUGUAAUGUUAAAUGUGAUUUAUGUAUAUAAAGAUAAAAUGUGUAUUUAUUCAGGUAGCUAUGAAUCUUCGAUUUUGCACACUGUUGUACUGUAUGUUUUAUGCUCUGUGACCUCUCAGUUUUGAAGUAAAUCGUGACCGAAUGUUUAUUUAUCAUAUUGCAAAAAGAUGUUGUGGAAAUGGCUUGAUUAUUAAUUUUCUUUGUGUAAAAAAAUGGGAAGAUGGAUUUUUGGGUUUAUAGGUGUGUCAUAUUUCAGGAGUAGAGAUGCAGACCUCUACCCCUGUAAAACCAAGCUGUUCAGUAUUACUAAAAAUUAAUUGAAAUCCGGUAAUGUUCUGUCAUAAACAAUAACGACAAUAAUCCUGGCUAGUUUUGGCCAUUUCAAGUUGAUGUAAGCUGUGAAGUGCCAUCUGUUGUGCAUGACUUGACCGAAUGAAAUCCCUACUGACUCUUCUGUAUAGGGAUUUCAGCACUGCUUUUACAAAGGUACUUUUAAAUGGUUACAAAAACUUUAAUAAUUACUGUCAUGUUGUUGCGUUGAUGUUUUUGUGUGCUUUUUUUGUAAUGCAUUGUAGAUCUGACAGUCAGUAGUGCAUUACUUGUCAAAACUUGUUUAUUAUUUAUUUUGACACGUUUCAUGUGAAGGAUCCUUUUGCAAGCUGCAAACCGUUAACCUUAAAUUAAAGAUUCUCAGCUUUCUGUCUUACUGAAAUGUAUUUCCAAGAGAUGUUUAUAUAAAACCAUAACAAAAUAACAGUGCUUUAUUCUUCGAUG